AUUCUUCACCAUUCUUUACUGUCUUCUUCCUCAUCCAAUUCAAUCAGAGAAACAAACAAAAAUUCUUCCUCAAACAGAAAAUUCUUCCUCAUCCAAUCAGAGAAACAAACAGAAAAUCCUUACCGAAAAUCCCUCAUCUACGAACCCAAGAGCUGAAUUCGCGGCGAACCCCGCGCUUGGGUUCCGAGAUGAACCCAGCGUCUGGGUUCGUCGACGAACCCAAGAGCUGGGUUCACGACAAACCCCUGGGGUGGAAAGAAAAUUUCUUCUUUGUGGAUGACACCGAGUGGAGUAGGAGGGAUGCUGAAGUAGAACAGUUGUCUGCUUGGAAAGCGAAGAAAACCAAGCAGAACAACUAUAAGUUGAAUGAGGACGAGGUGGAUGAGGUGAAGAAGCUGGUGAGGGAAGAUGGGGACGUAGUGGAUAUCUUGUACCUCACCAGCCAGGAGGCGAUAGAUGCUACUGAGCUUUAUGGGCCAAGCUCAUUGAGUGAAGCUGAGAUGGAGGAGUUUACCAAUGCUGCUGGGGGGCUGCGCAUCCCCAAGAAGCCAAGGAAGAAGUCAACGACUUCAGCUGCGGCGAACAGAGGGGUGCCCGAGAGAGAGCGCCUGCCCAGCACUUCAGCCCGGGCCGUGGAGGUGCAGCCAAGGCCGGAGCCUGUGAUGGGGGGCAGCGAGGAUGUAAGCGAGGAGAUGGCACCGCUCCAGAGGAAGAAGAGGAGGGUGGCAGAGCUAGAAGGCAGGGUGGAUGAGGUGGUGGAGUUCAUGCCUCGACCUUCUCCUCCAGAAACCAUUCCUGAGAUCCAGGAGAGGGGAGAGGCCGAGGUGCGAGGCCUUAGUGGGGGCAGGGAGCGCACCCCACCCCACGCGUACCAGAAAGGUUUGUUUGAGGCGACAAACAUGACUGGGGUGAAGCACUUUCUCAACGCUACGCUUCCUGACAUGGAUAGGAUGCAAGCGAAGAACGAGGUGCUUAGCCAUGCGGGGUAUACCGUGGUGAGGCAUGCCCUAGAGAGUGCGAGCUGGACAAACGCUCUAGCGCAGGAAUAUACAGAGAGCGUUAGAGAUCGUGCCAGCUUGCAGAGGCAAUGCGAUGCCCUGCGAAAGGAGAAGGAGGAGCUUCAGAAGGAAAAGGGGGAGUUGCAGAAGAAAAACCAGCAGAUUCAGAGGAGGCUGGAUGAGGAAAAUUUGCGAAGAGAAGCUUGAGGCUCAAGACAAAUAUAUCGAGAGC